AUGUUACGGCAAAUGGUUUUUAAGAAUUUUAUCCAUUUCGAAGAUUUUCAAUGCUUGACCUUUGAAAAAGGUUCACAUUUUUUCAUUGGUGCUAAUUCUUCAGGAAAAACAAGUGCAUUAGAAAUACUCAGAAGAUGUAUGUCAACUGAUAUCAACACUUCAAUAUCAUCAUCAUAUGACGAAAGUGAAAAUGCUUAUGCCUUUUGUGAAUUUCAUAUAAAAGUGAAUACCACAAUAAGAAAUUUUAAAAACAUAUCUAGUGUAUAUUCAGGAGUGAUAAAAACACCGGGACCAGAUAAAAGAUUUGUCAAAAUAAUAUGCCUCAAAAAGCGCGAUUCGCCAUUGUCAGUGAUUCAAAUGAUCUAUUAUGAUAAUAUAGAAAAUGACACACUUACAGAGCCAUAUCGAAUGACAGCCAAUGCUGAAACAUCACAAAGGCUAACUGAGAUUUUGGCAAGCCUUUCGUCUGCUUCAACAUCAGAUGAACAAACCAAUUUCGAUCAACACUUUAUCCAAUGCGUUUUGGAAUCGAGAGAGAAAUUUCCGUCUAUAACAGACGAUGAAAUACAAAGACAUUGGACAGAUGAGGGUAUAGCUGUUGAGAAUUUUAAAUAUAAUUUAAAACAUAUGAAGUUUCUAAAAGAUUUGGAAUCAACGUAUGUUGCAACAAUGCCCAUGAGAGCUAUUGGUGCUCUGCAGUGGACUAGAAGUGAGAACAUUGCCUGUAAGGGAAAAAAUUAUACUGAGGCGUGUAAAAGAGCCGAAAUUAUAAACACGCUACUGACAUCAGAAGAUGUCGAUCAUGUUAAAGCGGAUAGUAUAUUCAAGUUUCUGACUAAUCCCUCCAAAUAUGAAUUUGAACCAACACAAAAUCCGAACGAAAUAUUUGUAAAAGAGACAUAUUCUUCUAAAUUUCAUCUUUUGAAAACACCAGAGGGUGUCAUCGAAGCUAAACAGUUCUCACUAAUUAUGGCACAUAAGAAUUUCAACACAAUUUGCCUAGAGGAACCUGAUCGAUGCAUGCAUCCGCAGAUGGUUGAAAGGAUGCGGGAUAUCCUUCGAAGCGAAAGUAGGGACAAAGUAGUGAUUGUAAUAUCACACAACCCAUUCCUGAUAAACAGUAUCACGGCAGAGAAAACACACGUAUUCUUCAGAAAGAAAACACAUGAAUAUUCAUCCAAAGUUUCCUGUGGUAUUCAUGCAAUCUGUGAUAUAAACAGACGCAUAACGGAUGUUGACACUCUGAAGAAACUCAUUUUUGCAGCUAAAAUACUUUGCGUAGAAGGUAUAUCAGAUAAGAUUAUUUUAGAAGGUCUGUUUGAUUAUAUUGUUGGUUCCACAUAUGUAGUCCGCGAUGAGAGACAUAGUAUCAUAAGCCAUCAAAUGGUUGUCCUUGGUUCUAAAACAUUUGAUACUCCUAUUAGCGACUUUUGUAAAAAGACAGGUUUGUCUGCAAAAUGGCUCUUUGAUCGUGACAAAUAUAUUACGUUGGACGAAACCAAAAAAAAGAUAGCGGGAUUUAAGACACUUAAAGAUUCUUAUGGAAACUACUCACAAUUUGAGGAUAGAGCGAUCGAAGACUUUUUAAAGGAAAAAAAUGGAUUUGACAAAUUGUCUGACAAAUUAUCUUACGAAGGAAUAUUUAUUUGGAAAUUCGGGGAUUUGGAAGACACAAUCAUAAAUUCUUUAAAUCCAGUCAAGCAAAAACACAUAUUCGAUGUGAUAGCACCAGACCUGAAUGAUAAAACAACCGAAGAGGCAGUUGAAGCUACACAAGAGUUUAAAGAGACAAUCAAAUAUAAACUUACUCAUAUGGAAAGACGCAAAUUAGAAACCUUGGCAAAAGAAAUGUAUCAUAGCCAACAAUCGAAUGAAGUUAAACGAUUCUUCGAAUUUAUGAAAAUGGAACAGUGAACACCAGAAAAAAUACUCCUAAUUUCAGCAAUCAUUUAAAAGAAGUUGCAGAUACUUGAAGUAGCGAUUUUCACAUGUAACACAAGUUGUGUUAACAAUGGGAUCGAACAACAUAGAGGCUUAACAUGUUUUAAUAAAAAUGAAUACUUUCACUACUUAU